AUGGCCAAAAUGAGAUUUCGAACUCCAUGGCGGAAAUGGAUUAAAGAAUGUAUAGGAACUGCUUCAGCAUCUGUGUUGGUAAAUGGUAGUCCCACGGCAGAGUUUCCUUUAAAGCGUGGGUUACGACAGGGUGACUCUUUGUCACCAUUUAUUUUUCUUUUGGCUGUAGAGGGUCUCAAUGUUUUGAUGAAGGCGGUGGUGGACUCUCAAUUGUUUACGGGGUAUUGUUUUGGAGCGCUUAAUGGGUUGUCUGUUUCCCAUUUUCAGUUCGCAGAAGAUACAUUGUUGUUGGGUAAGAAGAAUUGGGCGAAUGUCCGUGCUUUACGGGCUGUUUUGGUGUUAUUCGAAAGUGUGUCUGGUUUAAAGGUGAAUUUCAAUAAAAGCAUGUUGUCAGGUAUUAAUAUUAGUGACUCUUGGUUGGGAGCAGCAGCCACUGUUCUGAAUUGUAGGAUGGGGAGGGUCCCUUUUAUGUAUCUGGGACUUCCCGUUGGAAGGGAUGCUAGCAGAUUAUCUUUUUGGGAUCAUGUUGUUGCCCGUAUUGCGAAGAGGUUGUCUAUGUGGAAGAGUAGGUUUUUAUCGUUUGGUGGCCGUUUGAUUCUCAUAAAUAAGGAGGAAGGAGGUUUGGGGGUGCGAAGAAUGAGAGAAAUUAAUUUGGCUCGCUUCGGAAAAUGGUGUUGGAGGAUGCUAGAUGAUAGAAAUGGUUUAUGGUAUAGGGUGUUAGUGGCUCGUUAUGGUGAGGAGGGUGGUGUUUUGAAGGAUAGAGGGCGGCGGGCUUCUAGUUGGUGGCGUGAGCUUGCUCGUGGUAUUGCUUUAGCGGUGCGGUUUAGACGCUUAUAUGAUUUAAGUGUCGAUAAGCAUUGUACGGUGGAGGAUAUGCAUGUGUUGGGGUGGGAGGAGGGAGGUGAGGCUUGGCAGUGGCGCAGGCGGUUGUGGGAUUGGGAGGAAGCGUUAGUCGAGGAGUGUAGGGCGUUGUUUGCUAAUGUUAUUUUGCAUAUCACAAAGUCAGAUGAAUGGAGAUGGCGACUUGAUAAUCUAGGAAAAUACUAUGUCCGUUAUGUUUAUGAUUUGUUAACUUCAGGUGGUAAUGUUAAUGUGGAUGAGGUGUCAUCUUUAGUGUGGCACAGACAAGUCCCGCUAAAGGUCUCUAUUCUUGCUUGGAGGCUACUUCGCAAUUGA